GUGGCUAGUUCAGACGCUGAAGAGUCGGCUAACUCCGAGGACGAAGCUGCCGACGAUACCCUGGAGGAGCUGGGCGGCGUAGAGGAGCGAGAUGGAGAAGAGGUAGAUGAGGAAUGCGUAGGCGAAAACAAUGAAGGGAGCCGAGCCGCAACAACUCAUGACAAAGUCGAUCACGGAGCCUUUGAUGCCGACGAUGUGGCCAUGAGUUCAAGUCCCUCUGCCUCACUGACAGCGAAAGUGACUGAUCUUCUAUCCAGAUCUCUAUCUCCGAAACUAGGGAGCACAAGCCAAACUGAAGGAUUAAGAUCGACGGAAAAUUUGGCAAUCACCUCUGGGCAGCUAACUCGUAAAUCAAUCAGUGCCAUGAAUAGUGGCAGUGGCGGAAGUGGAUCACGAGUGUCUCCUAGUCCGCAGGCCAAUUAUUUGGGUUCCAAAAAUAGCUUGCGCAGAGGCGGACAACGCCGGAGUACUUCAGGUCAUCACCAACCUUACGCAGUGCAUGCGGCACCUGACGCAAUAGUCCAUUGCGGAAUGGACUCUUUCACGAAGAGUGAGCGCCUUUCUAAAAAGAGGGAAAAGGUGGGCAUUACUGAAGAAUUAUAUAAACCUGACUAA